UCGUUCCGAGUUGAGGCAUGGCGUUGCCGGGCCCACGUGUGUCUGCGCUUUCGGCUUAUCGGUCUGCGGGACAGCUUUGGAAACGGGAACGGCCGCCCCGUCCAACACACGGUUUGUCCGUCUGCCCGAGACGCCGGAGGAUGAAGAAGCGGCCCGUGACGAAAGCAGCAGCCGGGAAUGGGUCGGCUGCACCGGGGGCCGGCGAUGGGGUGCAGCCUGACGACGCCCGCCCUCUCCCGGGUGCAGCGGAGAAGCUAGCAAAGAAACGGAGGGUUAAGGCGGGAUCCACGGAUGGGCCGCCUUUGCCGAGCCCUGGGAUGGGGCCGCAAGGGAAGCGUGAGCGCGGUCGGGCAGACGGGAAGCCCCCAGCAGUAGCAGCCCGUUACGGAGAAGGGCAGACGCCCUCCCUUCAGCGCCCUUCUACGGGCUGCUCGCUCCGGCGCCUCCUCCGAGAGCUGGCGAGCGUCCAGCAUAGCCGGCAACGGGCCGCCCGGCUUUUCGAGUGGCUCAUUGCUCCCAUUUCCCUGCAGCAGUUCUUUAGCCGCUACUGGGAGAAAAAGCCCCUGUUGAUCCAUAGGCGCAGCCCAAGUUACUACCGGGAUCUCUUCUCCACAGCCGAAUUCGAUGCCAUCCUGCGCGACCAGGACGUCCAGUUCGGGGUCAACUUGGACGUGACCAGCUACGAAGAUGGGAAAAGGGAGACGCAUAAUCCGGUGGGCCGGGCGGUGCCUGCGGUGGUGUGGGAUUUCUACAAGAACGGAUGUUCCCUCCGGAUGCUGAACCCCCAGGCUUUUUCUUCCACCGUCUGGCACUUCCUCUCCAUCCUACAGGAGCAGUUCAGCAGCAUGGUUGGGGCCAACACGUAUCUGACCCCUCCUGGGACACAGGGCUUUGCUCCUCAUUACGAUGACAUUGAAGCUUUUGUCAUCCAGCUGGAAGGAAAGAAGCACUGGCGGGUUUACAACCCUAGGAAUGCAGCGGAGGUGCUGCCUCAGCUUUCAAGUAACAACUUUAAUCAGACCGAGAUCGGAGAGCCCAUUCUGGAGACAAUCUUGGAAGCUGGAGACCUGCUGUAUUUCCCCCGGGGGUUUAUCCAUCAAGGAGACUGUCUCCCAGAUGCACAUUCACUCCAUAUAACAGUUUCCUCAUACCAGCGCAAUUCCUGGGGAGAUCUGAUGGAAAAGCUCCUCCCUUCAGCGUUGCAGAUGGCCAUUGAAGAGGAUGUGGAAUAUCGACAAGGUCUGCCUUUAGACUACUUGGAGUACAUGGGAGUUGUUAAUUCAGAUGCUGUUGAUCCUCGCCGAGUUGCCUUUAUGCAAAAGCUCACUACCUUGAUAACAAAACUUGUGGAUUAUGUGCCAGUUGAUGCUGCCGUAGAUCAGAAAGCUAAGGCUUUUCUCCAUGACUGCCUCCCUCCAGUACUGUCUGAGAGCGAAAAGGCAUUGAGUGUGUAUGGACAUCCAGCACGGUGGGAGAACGGAAAUGUCCAAAAUAUUGAUAUCCAGAUCAAGGAAAAUACGCAGGUACGGCUGCUUCGGUAUGGAAUUGUCAGAUUGUGCAAUGAAGGCGAUAGCAUGUUGCUGUAUUAUACCACAGAAAACUCAAGGGUAUACCACAAGGAGGAGCCCAAGUACUGUGAAAUAGAGCCUGAAUAUAUAGAUAGUGUUGAAUUUUUGCUCUCUUCUUACCCAAAGUAUGUCAGUGUGAAAGUCCUCCCUUGUGCUACCUUGGAUGAUAAGAUUGCCUUGGCAACUGUAUUGUUUGAGAAGGGAUUAUUGAUUACUAAGAACCCUCUGUCUGUGUAACAUGCUAGGUAUCAUCAAAAUAAAUACAUUUUGAGAAAGAA